CCCCCUCCUCCUCAGCAGCGUGUUCAAAUCCCCGAGACAGCUACUGGGCACCACUGAAGGGCCCAGCCCAGGAGUGGGACAAUAAAAUCCCUGACACCACUGUUCAAGAGGCCUGGGGGCUGGGGGGGGGAGGGAAAGGCCAGGCCAGCUGCACGGGUAUAAAGCUGUGCCCCGCUCCCGGCACAGCACUGCAGCACAGUUGUUUGCCAGGCUCCUCCAGCGCUCUCCAAUGGAUAUCACCAUUCAUAACCCCCUGAUCCGCAGACCCCUCUUAUCUUGGUUGGCACCAAGUCGUAUCUUUGACCAGAUUUUUGGAGAGCACCUGCAGGAGUCAGAGCUGCUCCCUGCUUCCCCCAGCCUCAAUCCCUUCCUGAUGAGAUCCCCCAUUCUUCGGAUGCCCAGUUGGCUAGAGACAGGACUCUCUGAGAUGCGACUGGAGAAGGACAAGUUUUCUGUAAACCUUGAUGUGAAGCAUUUCUCCCCUGAGGAGCUAAAAGUGAAGGUGCUUGGGGACAUGAUCGAAAUUCAUGGGAAACAUGACGAGCGCCAGGAUGAGCAUGGCUUUAUUGCCAGGGAGUUCAACAGGAAAUACAGGAUUCCAGAUGAUGUGGACCCUCUGACCAUAACCUCAUCCCUCUCCUUGGAUGGUGUCCUGACCGUGAGCGCGCCGAGGAAACAAAGUGACGUCCCUGAGCGCACUAUCCCCAUCACCCGCGAAGAGAAGCCUGCCAUUGCAGGAGCCCAAAGGAAGUAGGCUGCUACGUAAAGUCACCCCGUGGAGCCAUUCAAGAGCACUUCCCAUCAGAUGCCAACCAUACUGAAUGGCUACUCUUAUUAUUUAUGCUGAGUAAGUUUACUAACAAAUAAAACAUGAAUAAGCA